GGGGCAGCGGCUCCUUCCUGCGGGAGGGCGGUGCAGGCUGUGCCCGGCCCGGCCCGGCCCGGCUCGGCCCGGCCCGGCUCGGCAGCAUGUGAGCCCGCGGGGCGGGGAUGCUCUGGCUGCUCUGCGGCCCCUGCGGCGCCAUGGACAGCCAGGCGCUCGUCAUCCGCAUCAAGGUCCCCGACGGAGCCGCCGUGGACUGGACCGUGCACUCCGCGCCCCAGCUGCUCUUCAGGGACGUGCUGGAUGUCAUUGGUCAGGUUUUGCCAGAUGCCACGACCACAGCAUUUGAGUAUGAGGAUGAGGACGGGGAUCGGAUCACGGUCAGGAGCGAUGAGGAGAUGAAGGCCAUGCUCUCCUAUUAUUACUCCACCGUGAUGGAGCAGCAGGUGAAUGGACAGUUGAUAGAGCCUCUCCAGAUCUACCCACGAGCCUGCAAACCUCCUGGGAAACGGAACAUACAUGGCCUCAAGGUGAACACGCGGGCGGGGGCCGCCGGCAGCGGCGCCUCGGCCGCCUCCGAGGCCCUGCCCAGCAAUAGCUUGAAGAAAUCCUCGGCAGAGCUGAGGAAGAUCCUCGCCAACGGCCAGAUGAAUGAACAAGACAUUCGAUACCGAGACAUCCUCGGCCACGGCAACGGCGGCACCGUCUACAAGGCUCACCAUGUCCGGAGUGGAAAAAUCCUGGCAGUGAAGGUCAUACCCUUGGAUAUAACACUGGAGCUCCAGAAGCAGAUCAUGUCAGAGUUGGAAAUUCUUUACAAGUGUGACUCCUCGUAUAUCAUAGGAUUUUAUGGUGCUUUUUUUGUAGAAAACAGGAUUUCAUUGUGCACAGAGUUCAUGGAUGGGGGGUCUCUGGAUGUUUAUAGAAAAAUUCCAGAACACGUUCUCGGAAGGAUCGCAGUGGCUGUUGUGAAAGGCCUGACCUAUUUAUGGAGCCUGAAGAUUUUACACAGAGAUGUGAAGCCCUCCAAUAUGUUGGUGAACACCCGGGGCCAGGUGAAGCUCUGUGACUUUGGGGUCAGCACCCAGCUGGUGAAUUCCAUAGCCAAGACGUAUGUUGGAACAAAUGCUUAUAUGGCGCCUGAGAGGAUUUCGGGGGAGCAGUACGGGAUUCACUCGGAUGUUUGGAGCCUGGGGAUUUCCUUCAUGGAGCUUGCUCUUGGGAGGUUUCCAUAUCCUCAGAUUCAGAAAAACCAGGGAUCUUUAAUGCCUCUCCAGUUAUUGCAGUGCAUUGUUGAUGAGGAAUCGCCGGUGCUUCCAGCCGGGGAGUUCUCGGAGCCAUUUGUGCACUUCAUCACUCAAUGCAUGAAGAAGCAGCCAAAGGAAAGGCCAGCACCUGAAGAUUUAAUGGGCCACCCCUUCGUGGUGCAGUACAACGACGGCAACGCCGAGGUGGUGUCCAUGUGGGUGUGCAGGAUGCUGGAGGAGCGGCGAGCCCAGGGACCCCAGUGAGCUCUCAGCACCCCAAGAGCUCUUCCCACACCAGGAUCUCCACCUUUGGACUCUCAGUUUAUCCAGAUCGUAUUUUACUCCUAACUGUUUCCUAGAAGCAUCAGCAAAAUCAGGGUAUUUGCUGGCUGCCUUUUCCUCACCGCCACUUUAAGGAAUUUUCUUAAUUGUUUCUUUUGUUGCUGAGCAAUUUCCAGGAUUAUCUUCAGUUACACUGUACACAGCCUUAAAGCAAGUAUUUUAUAUCUCUA